AUGGCACAACACGGCUUCGGCCAGUUCAAUGGUGGCCACGGUGGAGGUGGCGGUGGAAGCAUCGACCCCAACGACUUGGCCAUGGGUGGAAACUACGGAUCAUCCUACUCCAACAACUAUAACUCCAACUCAGCAAAUACGAACGGCUUCUCGAGCGGCUCUGCCCUCUUCGGAGACGAUGAGCUGCUCGACGGUCUCGGAAGCCCGACCGAGCAGCCACUACAUGGUCAUGGGCAGGACUUUGGUGGCGGAAUGUCAAAUAUGGAUAUGGGCUUCAACCAACCCAUCUACGGCUCCCACCACGGCCUGGAUCAAAACCACAUCAACGGCUACUCUAACACACCCGAUGGUGACCCCAUCCAAAGCCCUUUUGUCCACAGUUUCAAUAACUCGCAAUUCGGCCAGAUGCACCAUCGCCAGGCGCUCGGCACUUCGCUCCAGUCUCCAAUCUCAUACUCGGGCUCACCCUUGGCUGGAUCUGAUCCGACUGUUGAUGCUACCGACAACAACUACCUCAAUGCUAAGAAUAGAGCUAGAAUGGCACAAGCCAUGCAGCGGAAGAGCUCCUCUUCCAACACUCGCAGCCCCAUGACUCCAAAGUCAGCGAUGCACUCAGUACCCAUGGCGACCCAGGAGUCUGCCGGCUUUGGUCCUCAGUCAAUCCGGGCCCAAGGCAUGCAUGAAAAGUCACCAUCCGGAGGUCAGUGGAUGCAGACUCCUACAGGAAGCAUGGCAGCGUCGUACGGUUCUGGCUUUUCGUCGCCCAUACAGCCCGGCCUCGCUCAGCUCAACGAAGUCAUGAUGAAGGGUGGCACAUCAAUGCCUGCGAAGUUGGGGCCUCAGCCUGGUACCGCGGUUUCCUCUCAAGAGAUGAAGCGGAAGCGGCGUCGGGAAUCGCAUAACCUCGUCGAGCGACGCCGACGAGACAAUAUCAAUGAGAGGAUUCAGGACCUUAGCAGACUGGUUCCCGCGCAUCGCUUAGAAGAUGAGAAGAUUCGCAAGAUGAUUCAGAACGGCACCCCGCUUUCGCCCACGUUGUCCGGCAUCUCGAACCCCUCUCAGGCCACUUCUGGUCUCGCCGGUCCCGGCGCACGCCGCGCAGCUGGUGCAACGGGCAAUAUCACGACCGGCCUUCCCCUCGAGGACAAGGACAAGGGUCCCAAUAAGGGAGAUAUCUUAAAUGGCGCCGUCAGCUGGACGAGAGAUCUGAUGUGGAUGUUGCAUCUGAAGCUGCAGCAGCAAGAGGAGCUCAUGAAUGCAAUCGCGGAACUCGGCGGUCAUUUCCCGUUCGAGCUCACAGAGGAUGAGAAGCGUAUGCAGACCGAACUGAUGGAAGCCAUCUCCAAGAACGAGGUCCCAGGUUACUCUCGCACGACCGGAUCUGGCCUUCGAGUACCCCACCACACCGACUUCCGUGGCGAGCCCAUGAAUGGCUUAGGCAACGCGGGUGACGGUACCUCCGUUAGCCCUGGCGCCACCAACGGCAACGGCCUCGCCAACGACCUCAACGCUGGAAGCGAGUUCUGGAAUGACCCAGACGAUGACGACAGUGGUCCAACUUCGCUGAACUUCAAGGAGGAAGAUGAGUUUGGCAUGGACCUGACACAGUAG